UAAUCGAGAAUUCGUGCCUGGUCGAUAAAACAAAAUCGACUCUCGUCCGCCUUCAUUAUAUGGAACAGAGCAAGUUAUCGAGCCUGUCGUAUGCAUCACAAUGUUUACAAGAUGGUGGUGUGCUUUGCUACUGUUUUCCAGUGUGCUGGCAACGAACCAGACUCGACCUCAUAUAAUUUUCAUCUUAGCUGAUGAUCUGGGUUGGAACGACGUUGGCUUCCAUGGUUCGGACCAGGUUCCAACGCCGAACAUUGACGCUUUGGCGUACAGUGGCGUCAUACUUAAUAACUACUACGUUCUGCCUGUAUGUUCUCCGUCACGCAGCGCCCUUAUGACAGGAAGACACCCAAUCCACACAGGGAUGCAACACAGCGUGAUAUUCGCCAACGAGCCGUGGGGUUUGCCACUGGAAGAGAAGCUUCUACCGGAGUACUUGCAGGAACUCUCUUACGUCAACCGAAUGGUGGGGAAGUGGCACCUAGGACACUUUCGUGCGAAUUACACUCCUCUCCACCGCGGGUUCGAAUCCCACUACGGAUACUGGGGCGGACACCAGGAUUACUAUGAUCACACAGCUCAAGACAGUCUUCGUUACUGGGGCUACGACAUGAGGAGGGGCAUGGAGGUACACUGGGAGAGUUACGGCUAUUAUACCACAGACCUGUUCUCGCGAGAGGCUGUUAGAACCAUCAUGCACCACGACAAGGCGCGUUCCUUGUUCCUGUACCUGGCUCACCUCGCCACUCACUCGGCCAACCCAUAUCGCCCCUUGCAAGCACCAGCGGAAACCGUCAACAAAUUCAGCUACAUUGCAGACAAACAGCGUCGGACGUUUGCAGGAAUGUUGUCCAAACUGGACCAGUGUGUCGGCGAUGUUGUGGCAGCCCUGGGAGAACGAGGAAUGCUUAAUAAUUCGAUCAUAAUAUUUUCAACCGACAACGGAGGUCCUGCUGCAGGUUUUAACCUCAACGCAGCUUCCAAUUGGCCACUCAGAGGGGUAAAAGACACACUUUGGGAAGGCGGUGUGCGGGGUGUUGGACUGGUAUGGAGUCCCUUGAUCCCUGAAGCCCCACGGGUAGCCAAUCAUUUGAUGCAUAUCCAAGACUGGUUACCAAGUCUGCUACACGCCGUCAAUGCCAGUGUGCCGUCACAUCUCGAUGGUCAUGACGUCUGGACAAACAUCUUGUCAGAGUCCUCUUCAUCUUAUGACCAACUUCUUCUGAACAUAGACAACGAAAGAGGCAUUGCAGCUCUUCGGAAGGGAGACUUCAAACUCGUUAAAGGAAGAACAUGGGAUGGACAAUGGGACGGUUGGUAUGGACCUUCAGGGAGGAAACCAGCUUAUCGUUACAACGUGACGCUGGUGUACGACAGCCCUGCUGGUCGAGCCAUCGCCAAAACCAGUUCUCCCUUACCGUCCAACCCUGACGACGUGUUGAGGUUGAGGGCAGCUGCCAGCGUCUCCUGCGACUCAGACAUCAAACCGACAUGCGCAGGUCCCAGCCCUGUGUGCCUCUUCAAUGUGAGGCGAGAUCCCUGCGAGUUAGACAACUUAUCCGACAAGUAUCCCUUACUGGUUGUGGCACUUCAGGAGCUAUUGGACCAAUACAACGCUACUGUAGUUAAGCCCCUCAACAAAACUGCCGAUCCGAGAAGCAACCCAAAGUAUUGGAACUACACUUGGACCAACUGGAUGGACAAGAUUUGAUAACAGAUUUUAAGAGGUUGGUGCUGGAAUAUUUAGAAAAUUUCUAGUUGUAUUCUACGCUUAUUACAAUUUAAACAAUAUUCUUUACGUACUUAGUGGUGUCACCUGCUUUAUUUUGUUUGUUAGUGUAACGUACCUUUGAAAAUUCACAAAAGUUGUCUAAUUUUUACGUAUAAUUAAUUGUUAUCGUUUAAUGACUCUACGGUUCAAACUUUGCCAUGUAUCCAAAGCUUCUGAGUUCAAAUCUCUGCCCGAAGACCCAUUAUUCCGAGGUUUUCUCCAUUUUCCUUAACCCAACAAGAAAGAAUGCUGAGAUAGACUUAAUUUAGUCUACAAACUCUUAUUUUCACGUCUAUUUAAAUUUAGUAUUUAUUCAUUCGUAGCAUUUUUAAAAAUUUCCGUCCGCAGAUAGUUAGCUUGAAUUGUCAACAGAUGUCAGGAGUGGUUUGACUUGUAUGAUAUUAGGAAUAUUUAUAUAUUAUUCACGUUAAUAUAUCUCGUAUGUUGCAAAGGAAAAAUUUAAUAUUGAUGUAAGAGGAAUCCUACUAAAGAAAAUUAUUUAACCCUAUAAAACUCUGUGGUAACUACGUUCCAUUUGUUUACAUUUUCUUAGAGUAGUGGGUUUUAUAUGAUUCUCAGAGUAAACAGCAAUUUUUUACCUAACAGAGUUAAUCAAUUAAUCUUUGUAAUGAAGAUGAUUUGUUUUAUUUGAGGUAAGCAUUGGCUUAUUGACAUAUUAGAUGAGGUUUGGCUUCAAAAGGUUAAUAUGUGGUCUCGUAAAUGGUACAGACCUUCCUACUGUAUCGAUACUGAUUGUUCGUAUCGAUGUAUGAUUUGAGGUUUUCACAGCGGUGCGUAUGAAAGUUUCUGCCUUCUGUGUUGUUUCGCCGUGUAGUCUGAUAGAAGUUUACCGACAUCGCCCUGAUGAUGGAGGCAGCAAGAACCUCUUUACACAACCAUCUUUAGUGUUCGUAUAUCUUGUCAAGGUACUGCCCAGUCUAAUUCUAUUGCAUCCUUCUCUUUCAUAGUCUUUCAAGUAAAUGUUUUCUAUUGUGAUUUAAUUUUAAAGUUUGAAGAGCAGUCUCGUUUCCUCGAGGUAUCGUGAUCUCAUAGCUUGACCGUUAGCCUUAAUUUCUGUUUCUAAUCGACUGUUAACAAUUUUCACUGUAAAUAACCUCCAGUCCUCACCACAGUCGCUAAUUCCUUACAUUUAAUUUCGUGUUUUAUCAGCACACAAAAUUUUCACUUCUGUACCUAAUGACCCCUGUUAAUAGUGCAUCAUGAAUCUCGUUUUUCACACAGUCUCCUUUCGGCAAGUUGGUACCUCUGCAUUGUGCUGUUUACAAUCUCUUAAUACCAAGUGGUAAUUGUUUAUAUCACCUUUAAUAAUCAGUAUGUCUAUAUUUUCCUCGCACAUUGUAUUUGAAGUUUUGAUUCUCAGAAUAAACAGCUAUUAUUUCCAUAAAUAAGACUCAACUUAUACUAAAUUCGUAAAUAUACAGACGAUCAUGUGGUUUUAAUAGGUUAAACUCUUGAGUUGACGUUUAUUUUGUAAAUUUAUAAUUACAUUAAAUGGAAAGGAAAUUAUGAAUUUUAACAAGGAAUAUAACAAUAAGCCUCUCCCUACCUAGAACGUAAAUUUUUCAGGACUCUUUCCAGAAUAUUGGAGUGGAUAACCACAAAGUUUUUUUCGGAAAACGUAGCAAGCGAUCAUUUGGCUGACAUAAGUAUGGACGAGAUGAUAAUAUUUAAGCGUAUAUUAAUAAAUAUGAUACGAAGUUUGGACUUAA